UGCUUGUAGUUGGUACUGCUAGCGGAGGCCGAGCGCGAGGCAGCAGAGAUGCAGGACUUCCUCGCGGCCGAGACCGCAGCCCUAGGGGACUCAUUGCGGGAGGCCGACGCGGAGAUAGCGCGCCUCUCCGCAGACCUGGACAGAAGACGAGCGGAAUGCCGGCAGCUGGUCCGCAUGUGCGAGCAGCGGCGGCAGGAGGCGCUGGCGGCGGCGGCGCGCGCGCGCUCGGGCGGCGGCGCGGCGCACGCGCUCGACGCGCUGGCCCGCCGCCUGCGCGCGCUCACACACGCCGUGCGCGCCGCCUACAGCCUGCCGCGCGACGCGCUGCAGCCGCCCGUCUACCACAACGACGCCUACAGCCGCAGCGACAGCGGCGAGGCUCUCUCGCCAGAGGACGAAGGCCGCGGAGGCCUACUGGCGGCGGUGGCGCGUGCGCUCAGGGCGGCACCUCUCGCCCCCGCGCCCGCCACCCCCGCUGCCCCCGCAGAAGACGAGCGCUCGCGAGUGUCUGACGACAAUGACUCCGCUGAUCUACUGGACUCGGAGACCGAGCCGUGUCUUGUUACCGAUCCUGGUGAGUGGUUGAAUGGUAACUGUUAG